AUGAAGGUCGUCACCAAAGAAGAAGAAGCCGCCCACUACGGCGCUGUCGUCAAGGGCGGACUCAUUGGUGGUACGCUCGGUCUCGCCAUUGGUGUCUCUGGUGUUGUCUACGCCUCAAGGCGCUACCCCAGCUUCCGUGGCUUGACACUGCCCUUCCGAACCUUCCUCGUCACAUCCACCGCCACCUUUGGAGCCAUUGUUCAGGCCGAUCGAUCUGGCAUCAAGUUCCAGCAGGGCAAGGACCCCAUGAAGACCUACCGCGACGCCUCAGCGCGUGCCCAGGAGGUGAUCCGUGAGAACGAGACCGCAUACGAGCGAUUCAUGAACUAUGGACGCGAGCACCGCUACAGCAUUGUCUGCGCAUCAUGGCUUGCUAGUAUGGCCGUUGCCUUUGCCAUCGUCAGCCGCGCGCCCAUGAGCACCCCCCAGAAGAUUGUGCAGGCUCGUGUCUACGCUCAGGGCCUGACGCUUGCUGUGCUCAUCGUCUCAGCUGCCUUUGAGAUGAACGAUGCCAAGAACGCAAAGGGCCGCUGGGAGACCGUCAUGGUCCUCGACCCCAACGACCCCGAGCACAAGCACCUCAUUGAGAAGAGAAUCCACCACGAGGAGUACGAGGGACAAGAUCUGUGGAUGGAUAUGGUUGAGGCUGAGGAGAAGAGAAUAGCUGCCCGCAAGGCUGAGCAGGAGCGCGAGCAGCAGCAGGCCCAGUAA